AUUCCGCCUACUAAAAAUGGCGGAUGUUGCUGAAUUAGAGGAUUUAGUCAAAGAAUAUUUAGUUUUCAGAGGUUUGAAUAAUGCUGCUAAAGCAUUUGAUUUUGAUACAAAGAAUGAUAAUCGUAAAGGAAUGAAAGCCGAAAAAGUCAUGGAACAACUGCAACAAUGUAUUACAAACUCAGACAUAAAUCAUCUGAAAGAAUAUUGGAAAUUUUUGAAUGUGAAAAUAUUUUCCACUUUAGAUGAAACCUAUCAAAAAUCAUUGGAGAAGCUAGAGACUGAUUUAUUCAGAUUAUAUGUUAUAAGUGCUGUUCAGUCUAACAAAUCGGAGAAAGUAUCUGAAUUUUUUGACAAGAUGACACAUGAUCUUGUAAAUAGAAUCGAAUGGAAAGAGUGGUUCGGUAAACUGGAAGACGAAUUUCAAAAAAUGCAGCAACUAGAAGCAGAAAAUAAAAAAUUACGUGAAAAGAUCACAGACUUAACGAAGAGAGAUGAAAUGUCAUGCGGCACGAAAAGUAUAAUAGAUGGUUUAAAGGAUCCUUACCAUGCAGCUAAUUUAGAAAUAAUGGAUGAUUUCUAUGUAAUUUCUCAAGAAACAAGUAAACAACCAAGAAAAGAAGAGGGUAAUAAAACUAGUCAAACUUACAAAUGGUUUGGAAAAGGACCAUCUUUGUCUUCUUCCCCAAAAUCUCUACCAAGUAAAACACCUGAACCAUUGACUUCUCGUUCUUUGUCAACUCCGGUUUCUAAAACUGCUGCUGACGAAGGAACUUCUCUUCCCAAGUUAGCACAGAAUUUAGAAAAAAAGUCGUCAACGAAAGUGUCAUCUGAAGACUCUGCUGACACUAACUCCAAUUCUUCGGCAACAGAACAAAAAGAUGAAAACAACGCUGAUUACACUUGUGAUGGAACUGAUAUAUCUUCAUCUACUGUACAAAAACUUAAUUCGAUUAAAUCCCUUUCUACCACAACCGAUUGUUCCUCAACCCUACCGGGUUCCCUAUCCGAAACCACUACUUCGGAUAUGAGUUCGAUCGUUAUACUUAGUCAUGAAUUCUAUAAGGAGCAUUCUUCUACAAUUAAUUAUUGCUCUUUCAACCAAUCAGGACGUUUAAUAGCAUCUACAGAUUUAGAUGGAAUAAUAAAAACUUGGGAGUCUCAAAAGUCCAUGUCAACAAAAGCUACAAUUAUGUCUAAAAAAGCCACACUAAUUUCACACGAAUGGGUGAAAAAAGCUGAAAAUUUAAUACUAUUGGGUAAUAAAUCUGGGAAAGUGAAACUAUUCGAUAUUGAAAAUAAAAAAUCAGUAUCAGAAAUGAUUAUAGAUGAAACAUUGUCAAGGAUAAAAAGCAUUUCUUGCAGUCCUGUAUCGGAAACUUUCGUUUGCUCGGCUGUUGAACCUGGCAGUAAACGAAAUUCCCACGAUACAUCAACUUGCAGAGAAGGAAAAUUAUGCAUAAUGGAUUUAGAAACUACUAAGUUGAUUAGAGAAAUUAACGAGCAGAAAGUGGCUCCAUCUUGUAUUACAUUUAAUUCCGAUGGCAGGAAAUUUCUAGCUGGAUUUGUCAACGGCGAUCUAGGAUUAUAUGAUAUGGGUAGUUGCGAAUGUAUCAAGAAAUGGAAAGCCCAUAAUAACCCAGUUAAUACAGUAUAUAUAUCUUCCAGUAAUGUGUUUAGUAUGGACAAUACCGGAACGCUAUGUUCUUGGACUAACGGUUCUUUAGAAAAUGAAUACGAAUUAAAGCACCUGCAAGGAAUGGAAGAUCGGGAUCAAUCAAAUGAUAACGUGGGUACUGGGAAAUCUUUUGCGUUCAAUUCAAAGGGUAAUUAUUUAAUAUGCUCAGGAAUUAAUGGAGGCUUCAUUUACGAGUUAAAAAGUGAUAAAAAGUUGGAACUUUCUGCACAAAUCGGGUCUAAUGAGAGUACUGUCACAAGUGUUGAUUGGUUUUCAGGGUCGCACGAUUGUACAAUGUGUUUAACAGGUUCUGUUGAUGGUGUUGUAAGGGUCAUAACUUUAUUAGUCGAUUGA